AUGAGCUAUCACAAUAACGUCCAGUGGUGUUUAUCGUUGGGUAAAAAGUUUCAUCAAGAUAAUUUAACUGAAAUUUUCGAUAGUAAAAAUAAUAUUAAGUAUCGCUUAAUUAAGCCAUGGGACAUUGAAAAAGCUGCAGAUAUUUGUGCACAAUGUUACGCUGAGAAUAACAGGAUGUUUCAAGUAUUGGACAUAACCAAAGAAGACUAUCUACCUACUGCAAUUGAAGUAUUUAAGACAGCAUUGGAAGAAGGUAUAGGGCUAAUUUCUACGACUAACGAAGGGAAAAUAGUGGGCGCAGGUGCUGCAUAUUUAUUGUCAUCGGCAUUAUUCGAUCUUGGUCUCGAUCUGGAAAAAAUAUAUGGAAAGAAAAUUGCUCCUAUUGUAGAUGUGAGCCACACUUUAUUUAAAAAUUUUCCUCCUAAAAAAUAUGGUAAAUAUAAUCAGAUCUACUAUAUCGAUGAUGUAUGUGUUUCGUCUGGAUAUCACGGUAAAGGUAUAGGUAUCAUGAAUUCGUUAAUUCUUCAAAGCUUAAUCCAACGUCGCGGUAUAAACCAGGUUUGUUCCAUUUCCUAUCAUCCUGCAAUGGCAAGAUCAGUAAGUCAAAUGCAAAUGUGGAAGACGGUUUCUAUCCUUGAUAUCCGUGACUAUACGUAUCAGAAUAAAAAGAUCUUCAGCCAGCUGUAUGAAGAAGGUUAUCGUGAAAUUUCGUUGGUUCUAAGCAAUUUCACCUCUAGCAAACUGUAA